UGGCGAUGGCUCUCCCACGUCAGCUUUACGUCUCCAAAUGUCUGCCUGGCGGACUUGCUUCCAAGAGGCGAAGACGCGCGGCGCUGCAGAGCCAUGCUCCCGGCGGCUGUAGAGCAACCGGAGCCGUGAUCGAGCCACGCACCGAGGCACGACCGCCGUGAUGGAUUUCGACGAGAGGGUCCCGGUGGGCUCGAACAUGUACCUCCCCAGCUGCACCUACUACGUGUCGGCGGGCACCGAUUUCUCCGCGCUGCCUUCCUUUUUAUCCCAGAGUCCGUCCGCCCGGCCGGUGACGUACUCGUACUCGUCGAACCUCCCGCAGGUCCAGCCUGUCAGGGAGGUGACGUUCAGGGAGUACGCGGCCAUUGACGCGUCAAGCAAAUGGCCGCACCGGAGCAAUUUGUCGCAGUGCUACCCGGGCGCGGAGGACAUGGUGCACCGGGACUGUCUCUCGGCGCAGACCGCCGACAUGUUCGGCAAAGGCGCCCCGCCCGGCGCGUACCACCACCACCACCAUCACCACCACCACGCCGCCGCCGCCGGCUCCUCCAAUUUCUACGGCAACGUGGGUCGCAAUGGCGUCCUGCCGCAAGCCUUCGACCAGUUUUACGAGACGGCGUACGGCGCCGCGUCGGAGAGCCCCGCCGCCGCGCACGCGACGCACGGCUACGCCGGCGACAAAACGCCGGGCAAACAGCCCGGCUCGGCCGCGCAGGAGGCGGCGUCGUGCCGGGACUCCGAAGCCAAGGAUCCCCGGGAGGACACCAGCAGCCCCGAGCUGUCUUCCGGCAACAAUGAAGAGAAGUCCAGCAGCAGCGGCAGCAGCAACGGACAGAGGACUCGCAAGAAAAGAUGUCCGUACUCCAAAUAUCAAAUCAGAGAACUGGAGAGAGAAUUCUUCUUCAGCGUCUACAUCAACAAGGAGAAACGUCUGCAGUUGUCCCGGAUGCUCAACCUCACCGACCGCCAAGUGAAGAUCUGGUUCCAGAACCGUCGCAUGAAGGAGAAGAAGCUGAACAGAGACCGAUUGCAAUACUACACAUCCAACCCUCUGCUCUAAUGCCUGGUGCAGGUCAGACAUGGGACUGUUGUUGUUGUUGUUGUUGUUGUUGCUGCCACAGGAGCACUAAAAGACAAGCGUGGUUAAUUUCAAGUUCUCAGACACCUAAAUGGCCGGCUUGAAUGGAGACUUUUGCUUCAAUGGACUUUUUAUUGUACUAUUCAGGCUCUUUUUUGUGUGAGAAGAAAAGCCACCACCGUAUACGCAAUAUUGUGAUUCACGCUUUUUUUUUUUUAAACUGACUGAAAUAUUGUAUUUUGUUAUCAAAAAAUGUUGUCAAAUCACGUUAAUAAGUGAAUCCUUGCAAACAUUGGAUGCGACCAAAUGACGUGUCGGAGCAAAUGAGAUUGUGUCAUGUUUUAUUGUGCGUGUUUGCGUGUGUGUGUGUGUAUUUAUUUUGUACCUUUUCAUGUCACAGAUUGUUAUAACAAGCAGGUUAACUUUUUCAAUCUUUUUUGACAAUACCCAAACCCACAAUUGCCCUAUUAAACUUAGGCUUACUUUUUUUAGUCAGUAUACUGCAGGCCUAACCAGACAUAAGCUUGUCCAUUCAUGCCCAAACAACAGCCCCCCACCCCCCUCCACACACACACACACAACACACACACACACACACACACACACACACACACACACACACACACACACACACACACACACACACAUGUGCUUUCAUGGCUGCAUGGUGCAGCCCCGAAUAUUGAAAUAAAGACAUCAAAUAAAAGAUAUUUCAUGUAGCUUCAGGGCGAAACAGCUGGUCAGGGUCAAGGCAUCGAUUCCCCUGCUUGUUAUUGUGUAUCAUACUAUAUUUCCAAAUAAAACGAAUGAAAAAUAUUA